CCCAUGUUUAGCUUACAAGAGCUAAGGCCUUAAAGCCCACAGAUUUUUCUGUUGCUCCAUUUCAAAGAACCCUAAUUAUAACACCCUUCUUCCACGAGCGCCGUUUCUAGGAUUUUCUCCGAGCAACACACCGAAGAAACAUUUCAACUCUAAACUAAAACUUCCAUCAACAAUGGCAGAAAGAGGUGGAGAGCGCGGCGCUGAGCGUGGCGGUGACCGUGGUGGUUUCGGACGCGGAUUCGGCGGCCGUGGCGGAGGAAGAGGCGGUCCUAGAGGCCGUGGACGUCGUGGAGGCCGUGCUACAGAAGAGGAGAAAUGGGUCCCAGUCACCAAGCUUGGUCGUCUCGUGAGAGAUGGUAAAAUCAAGCAGAUAGAGCAGAUUUACCUCCAUUCUCUCCCCGUGAAGGAGUACCAAAUCAUAGAUCUCCUCGUGCCUUCGUUGAAAGACGAGGUAAUGAAGAUCAUGCCAGUUCAGAAACAAACCAGAGCUGGUCAAAGGACGAGGUUCAAGGCCUUCGUCGUCGUCGGAGAUUGUAACGGUCACGUCGGGUUAGGAGUGAAAUGCUCCAAGGAGGUUGCGACGGCCAUUAGAGGAGGGAUUAUUCUAGCGAAGCUUUCUGUGAUUCCGGUGAGGAGAGGUUACUGGGGAAACAAGAUCGGGAAGCCACACACUGUGCCUUGCAAGGUUACCGGAAAGUGUGGAUCUGUUACUGUGAGGAUGGUUCCGGCUCCAAGAGGUGCUGGUAUUGUGGCGGCUAGGGUUCCUAAGAAGGUUCUUCAGUUCGCUGGUAUUGAUGAUGUCUUCACUUCCUCCAGAGGAUCCACCAAAACCCUCGGAAACUUUGUUAAGGCUACAUUCGACUGUCUUCAGAAGACGUAUGGGUUCCUUACACCAGAGUUCUGGAAGGAGACGAAGUUCCAGAAAUCGCCAUACCAAGAGUUCACCGAUCUCUUGGCUAGUAAGGAAGUUGCUGCAGCCAAGCCUAUCACCGAGGGUGAAGACCAAGCUUGAGAUUAUACAAAAUCUUCAUGGGAUAAGCUUGAUUUUGGUUGUUGCAAAUAUUUUUACUCUUUCUCGUUUGUUUCUCGGUUGUCUGUCAGAUUUUGAUAAUGGAGGUUUUAUUUGUAUAAGAAUAAUGGUUCUUAGUUAUGUUUUUUGGAUUUUUUUGGUUAGGUGUUUGUUGCAAAUUUCACUGAAAUGGCAGUUUUCAAUAGUUCAGUCCUAAUUCUCGGUUAUGGUAUCCAUUCAAUUUAAGCAUCUACGAGACAUACUUCGAAAUUGUAAAAUCUUUAAGUAAGC